UUGAAUUGAAUCUAAAUUAUCCUUCCUAUGUUCUUAAAACUUUAAACCACACAAUGGCAGAAUCAUCACCUUCCAAACCAAACUCCACCAUCGAUCCCUAUGAAUUCCUCGAAAUCAAACUCAACCCUGAUGGUUCCCUCACAAGAAACGACAACGUCCCUACCGUGCCACCAUCCUCCGAUCCCAAUCAAACCGUUCUAUCUAAAGAUAUUAUCCUAAACACAACCACAAACACCUCCAUCCGCAUCUUCCUCCCAAACCCUCCACCACCUUCUUCCGCGGCUAAGCUCCCUCUCAUUCUCUACUUCCAUGGUGGUGGUUUCUUCCGCUACCAUCCUUCAUCCAUCUCCUUCCACCAAUGUUGCUCCACAUUCGCCGCCCAAAUACCGAUUGUUGUAGCCUCAGUUGCUCAUCGUCUCACUCCAGAGCACCGUCUCCCUGCUGCCUAUGAUGACGCUAUUGAUUCAUUGUUCUGGCUCAGAGCCCAAGCACAAAAUCCAAGUGUCUCUGAUCCAUGGAUCAGAGACAACGUGGACUUUGAUAACUGCUUCUUGAUGGGAAGUAGUGCAGGAGGUAACAUAGCGUACUUCGCAGGUCUACGUGCUCUUGACCUCGAUCUCUCUCCUCUUAAGAUCCAAGGGCUUAUAAUGAAUGCUCCGUUUUUUGGUGGGGUUCAGAGAACAAAAUCUGAGCUUCGUUUCAUUAACGAUAAUAUACUACCCUUAUCAGCAAGUGAUCUCAUGUGGGCCCUAUCUUUGCCUGAGGGUACAGAUCGGGAUCACGUGUAUUGUAAUCCAAAAGUUUCGGAUGUGAUACAUGGUGAGAAGAUCGGACGGCUGCCGAGGUGCUUUGUUAACGGCUACGGUGGGGAUCCCUUGGUGGAUAGGCAAAAGGAGCUAGUGAAGAUUUUGGAGGCACGUGGGGUGCACGUGGAGUCUGUUUUUUGUGAGGAUGGGUUUCAUGCUGUGGAACUCUUUGAUCCUGCUAAGGCACAAGCAUUACUUGAUUACGUUAAGAAAUUUAUUUCCUCGGUUGAUACUUAGUCCUCUAUGUGACUCUUUGGGAGUGAAUGUGCAUGUGUACGUUCUUUUUCCUUCUAAACAAAUAUUGAAUAAAUAAUACAUUUAGGAGCAA